AUGGCUUCCUUUCUACAUGGUCUCUGGGAGUCCAUCUUCACCCCAGGGCCAACUCCGACCCUAUUAGUGGCUACCAACGUCACAUUUGCUGCGCUGCAAGUUAUACUCGCUCUGUUGCUCCUCGCAACAUGGAGCAUCCAUUUUAUGGUGCUGUCAGUGUUAUGCGGGGGCCUCUGGGCAGCCAUUAACUGGUUCGCUCGUGAGUUGAAAGAGCAUCAACGACAGGAUGAAGAGAAAAAACGACGCGCUCUGGCUUCCAGAACCGCUGCGGUGACGUUGUCGUCUGAUGAUAGCGAGACCGAGGUCGAGGCUGCGCCAAAGUCAACGGCUAGUCUGCGCAGGUCGGUCCCCGCGCCGGCCUCCGCGCCAGCAGCGACGAGCAGCGAGGUGGAGCCGACGGAAGCGCAUGGUGAACUCAAGCACCGGGCCGUUGAGGAGAGUCCUCGACUCAGCCAGGGACAGAAGAGCUGUGUUAGCACGGAAGACGAAUGGGAAAAAGUGUCGGAGGCUGAGAACGAGAAGGAGAAAUAG